AUGUCCGUCACUACAACUACAAACCAAACCUACUACAACACCGUCAACGUCCUCGCCGACUACGAACUCCACCACUCCCGCUCGUCUCCCCCGACAAAUGCGCCCGUCGUCGCCCCGCCCAACGCCAACCCGAACCCGUCGCACCAGAAUCCGGAUGACUGGCCCACCGACCGUCGCCGCAUCCCGGCCUACCGCCCCGUCCAGCCCGAUCUGGACCUGAGCACGCGAAGGGUCUACCUGAACCCUGCGGAGCGCAUCUUCGUGACGGUCAUGUUCAUGGGUGUCUGGACGAAUGGGACCGCAGCGCAGGUUUGGAGAAGGACGGGCGGGAAGCUGUGGAAUAUUCAGUACCCGAUUGGGGGAGAAUUCUAA